UUUGAUGUUGUGUAGGGACAGCUUUCGUGUGUCCCCACCCUGAAGAUCCAGAUACACACCUUACUGCAAAACCUCAUAGGUGGGACUGUCAGAGGAGACCUGGGACAGAGGAGAAGUCUGGACCUAAAUGGACUCCACACUCCCUAAAGCUCCAGGUGGAGCGGGCGCUGCAGGUGUCCAGCAGCCGGCAGUGGUUCCGCCUGGUGGUUUGCAGACUCUCACCAAGGCAGCAGAGCCCACAGAGCCGAGCAAGGUAGAAGAAGACAAGUGUCAGCCUAAAGGCCCUGCAGGAACAGGAGAUGAACAGGAGUAUUCAUUUGACAGCUCCUCAGACAGCGAGGACAGUGAAGAUGAGGGUAUCGGCAAGAAAGACAAGAAGAAGAAAAAGAAGAAGAAGGUGAAGAAAAAGAAGAAGAAGAAGGACUCCAGCUCAUCAUCUUCAUCCUCCUCCUCCUCCUCCUCCUCUUCUUCCUCCGAUAGCUCCUCAGACAGUGAUAGUGAGGAUGACAAGAAGAAGAAGAAGAAAAAGGAGAAGAAGAAGAAGAAGACUGGUGACAAAGAGUACGUCUGGGACAGUAUCGUCAUAUCUCAGCCUGGACCUGAUGGCCAAAUUGAACAGGUGUCUAUAGAAGGUGUGAAGCUGAGCCAGGAUUUGAGCUCAUCAGAUGAAGAGGAUGACAAGAAGAAAGAGAAGAAGAAGAAGAAGAAGAAGGACAAAAAGAAGAAGAAAAAGAAGAAGGGUUCCUCUUCCUCCUCAUCUGACAGUUCAUCCUCUGACAGUGAAGAUGAAAAGAAGAAGAAAAAGAAGAAGAAAAAGGAGAAGAAGAAAAAGAAGAAGGACUCCAGUUCUUCCUCUUCUGAUAGCUCAUCUUCUUCAUCGUCCUCUUCUGACAGUGAGGAUGACAAGAAGAAAAAGAAGAAGAAAAAGGACAAGAAGAAGAAGAAAAAGAAAGACAAGAAGAAGGACUCCAGCUCUUCAUCUUCAUCUUCAUCUUCAUCCUCAUCUUCUGAAAGUGACAAAGAGAAGAAGAAAAAGAAGAAGGAUAAGAAAAAGGAUGAGGAGCAGAACGAGCUCAGCACUGCAACUCCUCUGUCUGCAGCAGAUGGUGAGAGCGCAGGACCGAGUGGAGAGGGAGAUAAAAAGAAAGAUGGUGAAGCUAAAAAGGCCAAAGCCAAAGACCUUAAAGCAGGAGAAGAAGGCAAGUUGUCUUCUACACUGGCUGGGGGAGCAGAGGCAUGUCUUGAUGGCACCGAGGAAGGCCAUAUGAGUGAUGACGAGGGAGAAGGAGGGCAGGAGAAGGACAAGAAGAAGAAGUUGAAGAAGAAGAAGGAGAAAAAGGAUUCUGGCUCAUCCUCAUCCUCAGACAGCGAUGAUGAUAAAAAGGACAAGAAGAAGAAAAAGAAGAAGAAGAAGAAGGAUUCCUCCAGCUCAUCGUCCUCUUCAUCUGAUAGCUCCUCUUCAGAUAGUGAAGAUGAGAAGAAGAAGAAGAAGAAGAAGAAGAAGAAGAAGAAGAAAAAGAAGAAAAAGAAGGAUAAGAAGAAGAAAAAGGAUAAGGAUUCUAGCUCUUCCUCCUCCUCUUCCUCCUCCUCGGAUAGUGAUGAUGACAAGAAGAAAAAGAAGAAGAAGAAGAAGAAGAAGAAGAAGUCCAGCUCUUCUGAAGACAGCUCCUCUUCAUCCUCAUCAUCAUCCUCUUCUUCCUCUGAUAGUGAUGAUGACAAGAAGAAGAAGAAAAAGAAAGACAAGAAAAAGAAGAAGAAGAAGGAUAAGAAGAAAAAGAAGGAUUCUUCUUCUUCUUCUUCUUCUUCUGACUCCUCCAGCGAUUCUUCUAGUGAUGAUAAGAAGAAAAAGAAGAAGAAAAAGGAUAAGAAGAAGAAGAAAAAGAAGGACAAGAAAAAGGACUCAGAUUCCUCAAGUAGUGAUGAUGACAAGAAGAAGAAGAAGAAGGACAAGAAGAAGAAAAAGAAGAAGGACAAAAAGAAGGACUCAAGCUCCAGUUCAUCAAGUUCAUCUGAUAGUUGCAGUGGCAGCGACAAGGAGAAUAAAAAGGACAAGAAGAAAAAAGAAAAGGAGAAGAGUUCAGGCUCAUCAGGGAGUGAAACUGACAAGAAGAAGAAGGACUGUCCUGAUACCAAGCAAAGCAGCCAGCCAAAGGUGGAGGGUUCAGGCUCAGGCGGUCGUGGACUCUCUGCUCCCAUCGGCAGCACCUCCAAGCCACCUGGUGCUUCUGUCGUCUCUUACACUUCGCUCCCCUCCAAACCCGUCGUUAAGCUGGAUCCUCAGAGCUCCUCAUCUGUCUCCAAACCCGUCGUAAAGCUGGAUCCUCAGAGUUCCUCAUCUGUCUCCAAACCCGUCGUAAAGCUGGAUCCUCUGAGUUCCUCAUCUGUCUCCAAACCCGUCGUAAAGCUGGAUCCUCAGAGCUCCUCAUCUGUCUCCAAACCCAUCGUAAAGCUGGAUCCUCUGAGUUCCUCAUCUGUCUCCAAACCCGCCGUAAAGCUGGAUCCUCAGAGCUCCUCAUCUGUUUCCAAUCCCGUCGUAAAGCUGGAUCCUCAGAGCUCCUCAUCUGUCUCCAAACCCUCCAUCUCUAGCUUGUCCCUAGGUACGGGAGACAACGCCGCCAUUCGCCGGCCUGCCAGCCCCAUGGAGGCCCUGAUGAACAGCCCGAGGAGGUAUGGAGAUCGAUCCACUACCACCCUCACCUCAUAUGACCUGCUGAAAGGCCCGAAGCCUUACCAACAAUGAGAUGUCAUAGAACGAGAUAGUUUAUGAUUAAAAAGGAAACAAAACUUAUAUAACAUUGGAGGCAGUUGAAGGUGAUGGUGAGAUGUGCUUUAAUUAUGCUCUCAAGGGCCCUGAUAUUUUAUGCAUGCAAGAUAAUACAAGAUAAGAGAGAUAUGGCAUGAAAAAUGAUGAUUAUGUUGGAACCACAAAGCCGAUUUAUGGGUGAAACGUCAAUUUACAGACAAAUAAAGUAAUUCCAAAUGUUUGCUUUGGAUAAUAAAAAAGCAUGAUUUCAAUAUUG